AGUAAAAACUUGGAUCAAAAUGUUUUGAUGAGAUGAGUUGGAGUGUUUUGAGUGGUUACUUUUGAAUAAAAAGUUAAAGUAUAUCCAUAUAAAUUUGUUUUUCGAACUUAAGAAAGUUACAAUGAAUAAAAUGCAGUACAAAUUUCUGCUGUUGCUAUUUUUAAUGCUAAUUUGUUGUGAGUUUUCCGAUGAAACCUUGCAAGGCCCUUCCGAGGUAUCGGAAAAAAAGAGUAAAGACAGUAAAAGUGAAAAUGAGACUCCAAAGAAACGGGAAUUUAUUGCCUCCAUUGAAGAACGUGACGGGGCAACUGCAAUUCGAAUAGAACCAGCUCCUGAUCUUACUAAUGAACGAGAAAGACAAAAAGGUGAUAACAUUGAUAGUGAAAUAUCAGAAGCAGUUGACUUGUUCAUGUUAGAUCAAGCUAAGGUUAUACAAAAAAUGGUUCAACACCUGGAUAUUGUCAAUAGCCUACAACAAAAUACAGCUUUUGAUGAACCGAUUGAAGUACCACCAAUUCCUACAAGUUCAGAAGAAGACAUUUUAACGGAUGAAGAACUUGAAGCUAAAAAACUAUUUCAAACUGCUCAAGAGUUGCUUUACAAAACCAAACCAGACAAAGAAGAGAUUUUUCAAAUGUUCAUGGAAGCAUCUAAUAAAGGCAAUCCUGAGGCGAAAGGGAUGUUAGCCUGGGCCAAACUCUUUGGAGUCCCUAUGGAACAGGAUAUAUAUGUGGCUAAAGAAAUGUUUUCUGAAUUGGCAGCAAUGGGUAAAGCAGAUGGACAUGCAGGCUUAGGGUUUCUCUAUGCUACUGGUUUAGCAGUGAAUGUAAGUCAGCCAAAAGCUUUAAUUCAUUACACUUUUGGUGCUAUAGGUGGUAAUCACUUUGCUCAAAUGGCUCUGGCGUAUAGAUAUUGGUCAGGUAUUACAGUACCCGCUAGUUGUGAGAAGGCAUUGGAUUAUUAUCGCCAGGUAGCAGACAAAGUUAGUCAAGGCGUAUCAUUUGGUGGCGGUUCUGCAAUACAACGAAUAAGACUUUUCGAUGAAUUAGAAAAUGGUUUUGCUUCUGGAAUUCUUGACAACGAUCUUAUUGAAUAUUACCAGCUUUUGGCAGAGAAAGGAGAUGUUCAGGCACAGGUUGGUUUGGGACAGCUUCAUUACCAGGGAGGUAGAGGUGUAGAGCUGGAUUAUCAAAAAGCCCUUCACUACUUUACUCAAGCGGCUAAUGCUGGCAAUGCUUUGGCUAUGGCAUAUUUAGGAAAAAUAUAUUUAGAUGGUAGUGACGAAAUUCCUGCUAAUAACGAUACUGCUUUCAAAUACUUUAAAAAAGCUUCGGAUUUGAAUAAUCCAGUGGGAUUAAGUGGAUUAGGCUUAAUGUAUCUGUAUGGAAAAGGCGUUGAAAAGGAUUAUACGAAGGCACAUCAAUAUUUUUUGCAAGCUGCUGAGCAAGGUUGGGUAGAUGGACAGUUACAACUGGGGAAUAUGUAUUUUGGUGGAUUGGGCGUAAAACAAGAUUAUAAAGCAGCAAACAAAUAUUUUUCGUUGGCUUCACAAUCGGGUCAUGUUCUUGCUUAUUACAAUCUAGGACAGAUGCACGCACAAGGAACAGGCAUGUUAAGAUCAUGUGCAACUGCUGUCGAGUUGUUUAAAAAUGUUGCAGAAAGAGGUAGAUGGGGAGAGACCUUAAUGCAGGCUCACACAGAUUACAGAAAUGGACGUUAUAAUGAGGCAUUUGUUCAAUAUGCCUUCCUCGGUGAAUUGGGCUACGAAGUAGCUCAAAGUAAUGCAGCAUUUUUGUUAGAUAGAAAUGAAAUUCCUAUGUUGUCAACUCAAGAAGCUCUGGUUAGAGCACUGUUGUAUUGGAGCAGAGCCGCAUCACAGGGAUAUUCUGCUGCGCAAGUUAAACUUGGAGAUUACUACUACUACGGCAUGGGAACGUCAAUAGAUUAUGAAACGGCAGCUAUACAUUACCGUUUAGCUUCGGAUCAACAACACAAUGCUCAGGCAACUUUCAAUUUGGGCUAUAUGCAUGAACAAGGUUUGGGAAUGGUACGGGAUAUGCAUUUGGCCAAACGUUAUUACGAUAGAGCAGCAGAGCUCAGUCCGGAUGCCAAAGUUCCAGUUGCACUAGCUCUAAUUAAGCUUAACGUGCUGUUUAGUUUCGAAAGUAUUGAAGAGUUUUUGUUACAGGGUCCAUUACAUCAUUUGCUAGAUUUCAACGCAACAGUUGGAUCCAAUUGGGACUUAUAUUUAAUUACAACCUUGACUGUCAUGUUAGCAGCAAUUGUGUAUUUUAGAAGGCCUCAGGUGGCUGUCUAAAGAUUCAACCGAAAGAAGCCAUGUAGGUCGUGAUAUUUUUAUAUUUAUUUUGUAAAUAUUAGAAUGAAUAAGUAAUUCAAAUAUCGUGUAUAUAUUGCUUAUAGAUCAUUUUCUAAAAAUGUUGAAUAUCAUUAUCAGUAAAACCUUUACAAAUAAAUAUUUAGAAUAAUAUUAUUUUAUGAGUCCAUUUAUUAUAUACAGUAACUAAAUAUACUGAAUACGUUAAGAACAUAAGUGUACAUUGAAACAAUCAAAAUCCACAUAAUAGGGAAAUAUAGUAAAAGGAAAUGGAGGAAAUUAAAUCAAUUAAAAUUAGACAAAAACGUACAAACAUGGUGAACAGAGUAUGCACAAAUAAGUACACAAGAAAGUACUCCAAAUACGUUUAACACGUUUGGUGCCCAUCUUGAACAAGUGCCACUUAGCGGUACCACGUACUUAAUCCUUCAUUUAGUAGCACAGUACUACUGACGCCACUUACCGAUGCGUCAUCGGUACCUUUGAUAAAACCUUCGUGACGCUAUUUGUGCGUCAUGGGCACCGAACGUCAUAAUUAAAAUUGUGAACGGGAGAGGGAUUUUUCGUCGAUUGUCAUUUGCACCAGUUUGACAAAUGACAUUGUUUUUAAUGAUUAUGAUGGAAAUUUUGUUUCGUUUUAGGAAAUGAUCUCAAGGCGGUGACUGUUGUGAUUUCAUUCGUACAUUACUUUAAAAUCCAUUAAAAACCUAUCACAUCAAGAUAAGUUAUUUUAGAUGCAACAGAUACCUUCAAUUUGGUUUCAUUGAUAUUGGUUUUAAAUCCAAAUGUAGCCUAUAAUACCGAUUUUAGUAAUACGGUUUUGUAAGGAUGUCUCUUAGCUCUAAAUAAAUACUAUAUAGUCGAUAAGGCUUUUGACGUUUCAUUAUAAGUAAGAGUAGCUUGAUCUGCAAUUGAUUUUUUUAUAUGCAUUUAUGCAAACUGUAAGUUUAUAUUCGUCGGUAUGCCGAAGUAUUUUCUUUCCUGUACGGAAAAGCCUCCAUUACAAUUUUUCUUUCUCUCUGUUCCUCCAAAAAUUUCAAGUAUACAUAAAUGGUAUAGCAUAUCCAAUGUAUACAUAAAUGGUAUAGCCGAUGUAGCCAAUGAUAAUGAUCUUUUUGGCUUGUAAAUGAUUAAUUUGGUGUCUAUGUCUCUAAGAUAAUUAAUUUUUUGUUAUAGCGUCAUAUUUUAUCAAAUACUACUUUAAAAUUCAGACUGUUUUGUUUACAUGUGUAAAUACUUAACUUUUGAUUGUUAUUUUAUUGUAUGUGAAAUAAACUAUUGUUAAACAAGAAAAUAUUAA